AAUUGUUAUAGAUAAAUGCAGUUUUCUCGCGUCCGCUAUGACACGCGACUAAUAAUCCACCGGUGAGCGUCUGCGUGCGUCGCUAUGGACAACCGUUGUUACUGCUGUGCGUCAAAGUUCAGUCUCUUCAAGAAGGAGGUGGGCUGCAAGAGCUGCGGCCGCUCUUUUUGCGCCGCCUGUUUGACUUUCAGUGCUGUGGUGCCUCGCUGUGGCAACACUCAACAGAAAGUCUGCAAACAGUGUCAGGCGAAUCUGACGAGUGGAGGGCCUCAGAACAGUGCUGGAAGAUGGUCGCCUCCUGAAAACUACAAGAAACGAGUUGCUGCACUCGAGGCCAAACAUCAGGGACAUUUGUCACAGCCUGUUUCACAUGGAGGCAGCAGUAACAGAAAGGCAGCUCAUCCACCAGCCAGGGUCCUGAGUAAAGAAGACCAGGCCAUCGCUGAAAGGCUCCAGAAGCUGAAGGAGGACUCUGCACCCAAGUCUGUCCCGUCUGACAAAGAGCUUGAGUCUCGCCUUGCUGCUCUGAAAGCUCCCAGUCAGCCAGUGCCUUCUGCACAGGAGAUGGAGGAUCGUCUGGCAGCUCUGCGUGGUCAGCCCCUACCAUCGCAGGCUCCCCCUCCUGUGCACCAGCCUCCAGAUAACAGGACUCAGACCGAACAGGCUAAUGAUCUAAUAACUCAGAUGACCGAGGAAGUUGCUAUUGAUGACCAGCAAUCAAACUCUGAAGGCAGUGUUGAUAGCCGUAUGAAUGACCUCAACAAGGGGGAGCUGGGAACAUUGGAUGAAAAUUUGGAGGAGAACCAGGAUGCAGUAAAGCAGCUAGAGGCUGAGAAGACCCGUUUGAUGGAUGAUGCCAUAGAGGAGCUGAGGAAGGAGAGGCACACCCAGGAUCAGGUCCUCCACAUGGCCAAGCGACUAGCACAGUUGAAGGGGCAGGAUCCAAACAAAGUUACCAUGGAGGACUUCCAGCAUCUUGACAGUGAGGAGGAGACUGAGGAAGAAGCCGUGAGGAGGGUGUUAAAACAGCUUUCAGAAGAAGCUGCAUUAGAUGAGGCCAGUGGAUACAACAUACCUUUGGAGCCCAGUGGACCAAAGAACACAGAAAAGAAAAAAGCCAAAAAAACGACGCAAGAACCUAAGCCUCGUACUCGAGGAGUUCCACCAGCUGCUGUUGCUCAACAGCUGUCAGACAGUGACGAGGAUGAACUUCCAUGGUGCUGUAUUUGCAACCAAGAUGCUGCACUCCGAUGCUUCACCUGUGAUGGGGAUCUUUACUGCAAAAGUUGCUUCAGGGAAGGCCAUGAUAAAUAUGACAGGAUGGAGCACCGCACCACUAACUACACUGCGCCAAAGAAGAAGAGGAAGACAUGACAGUGAACUGUGUUGUGGGUGUUUGUUUUACCAGGCUGUGGUCGCUCAUCAAUGUUAGAAUUGUGCUUUAGCCUUAAGUGACCUAUUGCUGGUAACAAAACCACAGUCUCUGGUGUGAAACACUAUUUAUCAAAGUAAGCCAGAGCUCCCGGCUUUAGUUCCCAGCAACAUGAAUCCUAUACCUGUAGGUCUGCAAUCAAAUGAACAUAGUGAUAUAUUACAACUGAAACUAAAUGCAAACCGUAGUGUCACUGCAGCUGAAACGUGUUUGUGGAACAUAGAUCAGAUUUUCUUCCUGUAAUGUAUAAAAAUAGUGAUAAUUAAAUGUUAGAGGCUGCCAGAGCAUG